AUGACGGCCAACAGCCGCUGCUCCGCCGCGGAGCCUCCGGGCCUGGAGACCCAGCGGCGGGAGAUCGAGUCUCUGCUGCGGGAGUGGGAGCUCCGAGCUGGGGACAGUUGGUACGUGGUGGAGCGUCGCUGGUAUGAACAGUGGAAGGAGUUUGUGGAGACCGGAGACCAGAACUCGUCGUCUUUCCCCGGUCAGAUCGACAACACUGAGCUGUUUGAGGACCUGGACUCGUACCACCUGAAGGAGCGCCUGGUGGAGAACGAGGACUUCAUGUUGGUGCCGGCUGAGGCCUGGCACAAGCUGCUGAGCUGGUACGACAUGGUGGACGGGCAGCCGCCGCUGGAACGCAAGGUGGUGGACCUGCCCAGCACUCUGAAGGUGGAGGUUUACCCCGUUGAGAUAUUCCUCUGUCUCCAUAGCAACAUGGAGAACGUCAUCACCGUACAGUUCAGCCGCGCCGACAGCAUACGCUCGAUCCAGAGGGCGAUGUGCGAGGCCUUCCCGGUGCCUCCGGGCUCAGAGUGUCGUCUGUGGAUGAAGAGUUCGGACAGCACCUGCGAGCGUCUCAGGAACGUCUACAUGUGCGUGUUGGACGCCUGUCUGAGCUCAGGGAUGACGGUGAUCCUGGAGACGAGAAAUGCAGACGGCACCUGGCCGAGCUCCAGACCUCAAAUCAUGAGGAACUCUGUGGAGGAGCAGGACUCGUACCGAGGACAGCCGGGAGUCUGCGGCCUCACCAACCUGGGAAACACCUGCUUUAUGAACUCUGCGCUACAGUGUCUGAGUAACACUCCCCCUCUGACGGAGUACUUCCUGCAGAGCUCCUACCUGGAGGAGCUGAACUUCACGAACCCUCUGGGCAUGAAGGGAGAGAUCGCCGAGGCCUACGCUGACGUCAUCAAACAGAUGUGGUCCGGGAGGCAUUACUCUGUGGUGCCGCGCGUCUUCAAGACGAAGGUGGGUCACUUUGCGUCUCAGUUUCUGGGCUACCAGCAACACGACAGUCAGGAGCUGCUGUCCUUCCUGCUGGACGGACUGCACGAAGACCUGAACAGAGUGAAAAACAAAGAGUACAUCGAACUACGGGACGCCGAAGGACGACCAGACCAGGAAGUGGCGGAGGAGGCGUGGCGGAACCACCGCCGGCGGAACGACUCGGUGAUCGUUGACACGUUUCACGGCCUCUUCAAGUCCACGCUCGUCUGUCCGGAGUGCCACAAGGUGUCUGUGACCUUAGACCCCUUCUGCUACCUUAGCGUCCCACUUCCUGUCAGCAAGGAGCGCGUCAUGGAGGUGUUCUUCGUCUCACUGGACCCCUACGCCAAACCUGCACAGCAUCGCGUUGUGGUUCCUAAAACGGGGAAGGUGUCCGACCUCUGCUCCGCCCUGUCAGAGAUGACCAGCGUACCUCCCGCACAGAUGGUGGUCGCUGACGUGUUCAACCACCGUUUCUAUAAGAUCUACAACACUGACGAGUCUCUGAGCUGCAUACUGGACCGAGACGACAUCUUUGUGUACGAGCUGAGUGAGCUGGAGGAGCAGCAGGAGGAGCAGGUGCUGCUGGCGCUCUACCUGAGGGAGCGCUCUCACUACAGAGACUACGGCUCAGGCAGCAGCUCGUACGGCACGUCGCUGUUCGGUCACCCGCUGCUGCUCAGCGUGCCGCGCAGCAGCUGCAGCCAGAAGGCGCUUUACAACCUGUUCCUGCAGAGACUGGCCCGUUAUGUGCGACCUCCCGAUCCCUCUGAGGAGUUGGAGGAAGAGGAAGAAGAGGAGCUGUACAAGACUCAGACCAACGGCAUCAGUGACGAGGACGAGCCGGAGGAUGCGGAGAAAGCCGGGCCGUCUCAGACAGAACCCUGCUGCGGUGAUGCAUCGGCAAACAGCCAAUCAGACGACACCACUACCGUCGAGCCCCGCCCCGUUAUCAACCACACACAGCCCUCAUUGGACCAGAGCAACGCCGACACCAAUAACGGGCCCCUGAGUCAGACUGAGCCCGUCUGCAGCGCCGACGCCAACACCACCAAUACUGAUGACGUUAACCCCUGCGAGGGCCCGAGCGGGACCACCGACACCAGCGCAGAACCACCAGCAGAGCAACCGCAGCCGCCCUGUGAGACCACAGAAGAAGAAAAAGAAGAAGACAAGCAGGAAGAGGCGUGUUCCCCGAGCCCGCCAGCCAAUGAGCAGCCAGCUAAGAGGAAGGCGUGUCUAAAGAAGAGGAAGAGUCUGUUCACCAUCCAGGCGGUCAACUCCAACGGGACGACUGAGAGAGGGAUGGGAGAGGGAGGGAGCGCCGUGUCCUUCAGCUCUCAGCCGUAUGUGGCCAUCGACUGGGACCCUGAAAUGAAGAAGAGAUUCUACAAUGAAAACGAGGCCGAGAAGUAUGUGAAACAUGCCAGCAUGGAGGUGCCUCAGCAGCAGACGACAGUUCAGCUGCAGGAGUGCAUCGAGCUGUUCACCACCAAGGAGACACUGGAGGAUGAGAACCCAUGGUACUGUCCGGUGUGUAAGAAGCACCAGCUGGCCACGAAGAAGCUGGACCUCUGGUUUCUGCCGGAGGUUCUUAUCAUCCACCUCAAGAGGUUCUCCUACACAAAGUUCACCAGAGAGAAACUGGACAGCAUCGUGGACUUCCCCCUCAGAGAACUGGACUUCUCCGGCUGCCUCCUGAGGAAAAGUCUGUCCAAUGGGGAGCCUCCGAGCCGCUACGACCUCAUCGCUGUGUCCAAUCACUACGGAGGACUCAGAGACGGACAUUACACCAGCUAUGCGAGGCACAAGGACAACGGUCAGUGGUAUUACUUUGACGACAGCAAGGUGACCUACGCCAGGGAGGAUCAAAUCGUGACCAACGCUGCCUACGUUUUGUUCUACCAUCGACAAGACAAGAUCAGAAUACCCACUCUGCCCGCCCCCAACACAAGCCCCGCCUCCUCCACAAGCUCCGCCUCCUCCACCAGCCAGCCCGCCAAUGACAUCACUUCCUGCAAGGAUGACGACGCAGAGCUGGGCGCCGCCGCUGCCUCCUCCUCCUCCUCCUACGUCACCAUGGAAACAGACUAAAUGAAUCCUCAAGAGUUUGUUUAAUUGUGCUUUACAGUAAUUAUUUUUAUCAGAACCUCUUUCCCCCAACAACACUUGAACUUUCUGAUUACUUCUUUUCCCCGUCACUAAAAACAACAAUCUGCAUCUCCUCCGCGCUUCUUCUUCUCUCAUGUUAAAUAACUUGGACACUUGUUACUCAGGUAGUUUGAUGCUCAGAGCCAAAACUUUGAAUUUAGAAAUGCAGUUUCAUCCGGCGGCAGGUAGCGAACGGUUAAUCUGCUCUUUGUUGAUGGAACCUGGAAUAUAAUGAAUUCAGAGUUAGAUUUUAAAAUGGAAGCACAUUGUGAAAGUUGUGUUUAAUGUUUAAAAUCUCCUCGUUAAGAUGUCGGCAGUGCUUACGCACAUUUUGCAAUUCCAUUUUAAAAUUCACGAUUCAUUAAUUUUAAGACAGGAACAUAAUGCUCUCGAGUAUCGGUUAAGAAGAACACCAGGAUCAGUUAAUAUCCAAGUCCAAACAUUCAUCCGGAAACUUCUUAUUGUCUGCAGAUUAAAUAAGUAACCAAUUCAACAGAAUGUCAUUAGUGGCCGAUGGAGCAGGGGAUUAUGGGUAGUCAGGAGUGUUUAUAGCAUAAUUUAAUACUGAACAAAGCUGCCAGGGAUGAUAAAUUAAUCUUUCUUUGUAUAUGUUGGUUGUUUUCUUCUGGUAUUUAUUUUUGGAAUAAUUUCCGCUGUCACGUGACUACAGGUGUUUGAGGUGACCGGCUGGUGCAGGACAUUGAGAUGCUUAUUUUUCAUAUUUAUAGGUAAAAUUUGUAUUCAGGCUUAAAAUGAUUUGACAGAAUGACGGACGCAGGCAAAGUUCUCUUUGGAGCUCUUCUGAUUUUUAAACCGGCUCUGUACAGUAUUUUUGUAUUGUAAGAAAUGUAUUAUUAUUAUUAUUAUUACCAUUCCUGGUCGAGCGGGAGGGAAGCUCGCGCUGAUUUCUUUCUUUGGUCUUCCUGUCAAAUAUCAGAUGAAAAUAUUUUAUUGUACUUUCAAUCUUUUGAUAUGAAUAAAAGGAUGAUUAUUAUCCCGA